CCUGCCUGAGGCAGACACCGAACAAUAUCAAGGCGGCCAGCCAUUCUUGGGAUUGUUCUGGCCCUUCUGCCGAUUGUUUCCUUCCUCCCUCCUCCAUUCCAGUCCACAACUGAAGGUCGGCAGAUCCGAGGUUCCUGGCUUUCGAUCGACUGGCUGUCAUCAGUGAACCUUAAAUCGCCAAUCUGGAGCAUCUGGCAACCCUCCAGUCCAUCCGUACCGAUCCACGAUUCUCGCUGGCAGCGUGCAUUUCCCAAAGAGGAUAAAAAGUCCCAGGCGGUCAUCAUUGGCUCGCGAUAAUGCCUGGCCAAGUUCCCCCCGCAUUCUCCGACUUCACAUCGCCGUCGCCUCCUCAUCCUCCGCCAUGUUUAUCCGUUCGCUUUCUUUAUCCUCAAUCUACCAUGAGCCCACCACGGACCGAUAAUGCGUCGCGUCAAAAAGUCCCGUAAUGGCUGCGCCCGGUGCAAAAGCAAACGCGUAAAAUGCGGGGAAGAAAGACCUCACUGUAGUCGUUGCACCCGUCUGGGCGUCAAAUGCCCCGGAUACGUCCAGUCUCUCCGCUGGGUUACCAAGUACCCACCGCUGGCCCAUGGGGAGCCCAACCAGGAUACCGCUGAAGAUAUUCCCGAUGAAUCUCGCUCCACCCCUUAUCAACAUUCCGAUCCGAAUAAUCCAGCUACCAGCCGUCUUAGCCCUGGCUUGGUUGACCCACUGGCACAAUCUUUGGCCGUGGAUGGUGACAGCCUGAAUCUCACCGCUUCUGACGAUCCGGUGAACCCUAGGAACCUGGAGCUGGAUGAACCGAACGGUAUAUGUGACAACUUAUGGGACCUACAGCAGGCAGGUUCCCUGCCGGAACUUGCAGACCUCCAGUCUCCGGUAUCGGCAUCGGUAUCAUCAGCUGGCCAAACCAAUCCGGUCUUGAACUUUGAAUCCUCAGGGGCUCAUGUUGAGGACCCCUUCGGGUUGUUCUCCUUAGCCGCGCCGGCGCUGCAGGAUGAACCUCACAUCUUUCCUGGGUUUUCGCCAGCUACCAUUGUACGUCAGUAUCCUCCACCUGGCUCGAGGCCACCACAGCGGGAGUUCGCAUCAAUCCCGCAGCCUCUUAACAACCCCUCCUGGACUCUCAUCGAGUACUAUUUCAAGGAGGUGGCGGCCUUGUUUUCAAGCUACGACAGCCAGAUGAACCCAUUCCGAUCCACUGUUUCCCGGCUAUGGGGCUCGUCGUUGGCUAUGUGUCGGACCAUGCAGAGCAUGGCAGCCGCGACGCUUGUGCACGACUUUCCACAGUUUGGACCACUGGGUCGGAAAAUGCGCGAUGAGGCAGUGGACAUCAUUACGAAGGAGACUAAUCUAGAUGACAAGUCACUUCUAGCGUUGCUCAUGCUUGGCCAGACUGCCAGCUGGCACGACCCCAAGGAUCUCGGCAUUUCCUUCUUCAAUCUGCUGCGAAGCCAUCUUGACACCAAACAAGCAAGGCCACCAAUGCCAGGCCGUAGCAAUAAUCAUCAGUUUUUCGAAGAAGCGUUGGUCUACUGGGAGAUGCUUCUAUCGUUCGUGGCCGAUGAUUCGGCGGUCUUGUCUGGGUCCGCGGCCAUAGCAGCCGAUGAAUCACUCGUUCUACAACGCGUUCCUCAUCCAUGGACAGGCAUAGCGCGUGACACCCAGUAUACCGUUCAAGAAGUAGGAAGGCUCAUACGUCGGGAGCGGAGACGCAUCCGCUCUCGCGCUUUUACAUCAAACGCAGACAUCGCGAGAGCCCAACGUGCCAUGGAGAAGGCACGCGAGCUGGAAGAGCGACUGCUCAGUCUCGCUCACCCAGCCGAAGCCGAAAUUAUCAGCCCAGGCGAUGAUGAAACACCGGUCUGGCAUCUCCUCACGAUGGCCGAAGUGUACCGUUGUACGGGUCUUAUGCAACUAUACCGGGUCUUUCCCGAUCUUCUCCGCCGUCGACUACCCACACAACGUCCCCCCAACCCCCAUGAUCCAGCCACGACAAUCCCGGACCCCUUUCUCUCUCCUCCGAUGGGCGGUACACCCUGGUUCUGUGAACCCUCGUACCCGGCCCCAAAUCCAGAAGCCACCGAGACGGCCGAUCCAACGACGGCACACCCAGACUCCUACUAUGACAGUUGGCUGACCGAGUUCACACUCACCACUCUUUCCCGUCUCAAGACCAUCCCCCUGGAAUCCCGCACCCGGUGUCUCCAACCCUUCCUCCUCGUCGCCUCGAGCAGCGAGCUCCGUCUCCCUCGUCUCCCUCCCCUAGACACCAACCUAGACAACAACGAACCAAGCAUAUCUUCCCAUGCUGUUGACGUCUCUCGAACUCGCCGAUUCAUCCUCGGGCGACUCACCUCCUACCUGCACGUCCUGCCCCCCAAACCCAUCAGCGUCUGUCUCCAGCUAGUGCGGGAGGUUUGGCAACGCAUGGACGCCGGAGAACCAGGGAUCUACUGGAUGGACGUGAUGAUAGAAAAGGGAUGGGAAACAACCAUGGGAUAAUCGAGGUAUCUCCCGCCUGCUCAAGAUCAGGCAUUGUAACGAAUUCACAUGAAUGGAACGCUUCUGUUACUGUUGGAGCUGUAUGUAUAUUACUACUUUGUUCCGGGGUAAAAUUUACACAACGGUAUUAGUAUUGGUAUUUGAUUGGAACUGAAAGGGAACUUAGCCGUCGCUACGCCCGAGACCUAAUCCAAGAGCUAGGUAAGAUAAUGUCAAGAGCCACGUAGGCCAAAAGGAAUAUAUCCCUUCGAGCCCCGGGCGUACAAGGUAGAAUAUAACAUGUCUCAACAGAUAAGAUAGAUCGACAUCACUUGUAUCACAUUACCUACAUCACUUAGAUACACCCAUUAAGAAUGCAAACAAUAGUCCCUAAUGACCGGUUUUCCCUCAUACAGCAUUUGGAGAAGAGAAUGUGCAACACCACAAGAAGGCAAGGAAUGUUUUAUAAGGCAUAAGAUAGGGGAAGAGAAAGGGGAA